CAUAGAUUAUGAUAAUCAUUAUUGGCAUGUUGUAUUUGGUUCCAGCCUAGAGAUGGCAAUAUAGAACUGUGCCUCAGGAGGCAGGGAUGUUCCCAGGGCCUUUGGUCCAGAGCAUGUGUAGAGGAUGCCCAUGUGACAAGAUGCUUUAGCAAGAAUGGAGAUGCAUGUUCAGAGUGAUAAGCUUGCCGUUAGUUUUGGUCUUCUGGAGAAGCCAGCAGAGAAUGGCAUGCAAAGAGAAGGAAAUAUGCUGUAUAAUGUACUGGAUGAAGGACGUACCGUAUUUGUAAUACUCCAAGAUUUAUAUACACUGCUCAAGUAGAUUUACUGAGUUCAAAGUGUUUAUUGUCAUUGUGUUGGUUAUAGAACUCUUUCAUGAAGAAAUUUGUGAGAAAGACAGCAUCUUGGUUUUGGGUGGCCCAGAUGAAUAGUGGAGUGACUUAGGAGGUGUAGAGGCCACAAACAUUAUCUAGGAAUAGGUUAGUCUCUGAAGUAGAAGUUGUUUCUUAAAGAAUAUGGUUGAAGGAGCAAAGUAUGUAUGUGGCUUGUGGAGGUGCAGUGGAAUGUAAUCAGGGGCUGAAGUCUCAAGAAAUGUUGUUUUCUCUCCAGUGGCAGAACCAAAGGAGUAGGAAGCAUUUGGAGAGGGAAAACAGGAUUUAAUUGUCUGCAAGUUCAGUUUGAGGGCGUGGAAUGUAUUUAUCUGACAUGGAUAUCUGCUUAUUCUUUUUUUUUUUUUUUUUCUUUUUUUUUUUUUCAUGAUGUACGUGUUGCCAGCCAGCCUCUGUGAAAAUGUGAGGAAAACUGUAGCCAAGUCUACUGGUACAGUCUGAAUUAUGCCUGAAUAAACCUCAGCCUGAAAUAGGAAAACAUUAAGUUCUCCUUAUGUGUUGUUUAAUUAAUGCAAAAAUGCAAAGUAUUCCAGUAACACACAUUUUUUUAAUCUGGAAAAAAAAAAAAAAUAGUUCUAGAACUUAGAGAACAUAGAAGUUUACUUGUCUAAAGUACAAGCUUUUAUUUAUAGUUUUUUAGAAAGUUUAAUAUUGUUUGAGAUCUGAAUUGACUUUACAUCAGAUUAUGGUUUUUAUUAGCUUAUUUGACGCAAAACCCUACAAUGCACUAACUUUGACAUAACUUUUCAUUUGCCCUGCUUAUAUUGCUUGUCAGUGUUAAUGUUUCAAAGGGAAGACGGCUUACUAGCUAUUAGCUAAAUUUGGGAGGUGUUUCAUCCUUUUAAUGAGCUAGCUAUAAAAUCUUUAAUAUAUUAUUCUCUUUAUAAAAUGUGUCUAUAUUAUCACUGUCAGAAGCAAAGGUAUUAUGCCAAAAAUACAUCUGAAGGAGAUGGUGAUUUUUAAAUCCUCAGGUUUGAUGGAACUAGUUGUCCCCCUCCCAGAGGCUGAGCGAUGCUGAGUGUUGCCAGUGACAUCUGACUUCAGCUGGCACUGCCAGCGCUCCGGGCAUUUUAGACUCUGGCUCUUAAUUUGUUUCUUGGAAUAGUAACAGUCCUCAGUUGUUUCUCUUUACUGUUUUGAACAGCUUUUCCACCCGUACAUAUGUUUGAAUGGAAACAAAGGGCUCUUUAGCUGGUCCUGCCAUUCCCAAGAGUGAGAACUUGGGAAGAACUAGGCAGGGUGUUUGAGUGACUUACUGGCUUGGCUGUAGCCCGUGGCUGCCCUAGGGUCACUCAGGAACAAUUUGAGCCUGGCUGGGAUUUUCCAGGUGAAUGUCUAUGUGCUGGGAAAAACUUUCCUUCUGUUGGCCAGAGAACUCUGCAUAAAUGCUCCAGCUAUAGAUCCGUGUUUAUAUAUUCCUCGUUUUGCACAUAUGCUUGAGUUUGGGGAUAAGAACCACGAGGUGUCCAUGACGGCUCUCAGGCUGUUGCAGAGAAUGAAGCGGGACUGGAUGCACACCGGCCGCCGGCCCUCCGGGCUCUGCGGAGCAGCUCUGCUAGUGGCAGCAAGGAUGCAUGAUUUCCGACGUACUGUUAAAGAGGUCAUCAGAGUGGUCAAGGUUUGUGAGUCUACAUUAAGAAAAAGGUUGACAGAGUUUGAAGAUACACCAACAAGUCAGUUAACCAUAGAUGAGUUUAUGAAGAUUGACUUGGAAGAAGAAUGUGAUCCUCCUUCAUUUACAGCAGGUCAAAAAAAAUUGAAGAUACAGCAGCUUGAGAAGGCGUUAUCAAAAAAGCUGGAGGAUUUUGAAGGUGAAAUAUCAAGCUAUCAAGAUGAAAUAGAGAUUGAAUUAGAAAACAGUAGACCAAAAGCAAAAGGUGUAUUUGCAAAUUACACUAAAGAUGAUUCUACAGAAGAUAAUACCUCUAGCGUUCUUGCAGAGGAGGAGGCAGAAGAUGAGGAACUGGAAGCAGCUGCUAAUCACUUAAACAAAGACUUUUAUAAUGAACUUCAUGAGAAUGAUAGAGUAAGAAAAAAUGAAGAUGGGGAAUGCAGAAACGGAAAUGAAGUUCUUGUAAGACCACCUGCACUGGAAUCCUUGCUUGGCCCACUCCCCACUGCAGCUAGUCUUGGCAUAACAGAGUCUAUAAAAGAGUGCAUAUCCGCUAAGGACCGAGAGCCUGGUGAGAAUACAGGAGAUGGUGAAUUAGAUCUGAGCGGGAUCGAUGACAAUGAAAUAGAUCGGUAUAUACUUAACGAAACAGAAGCUCAGAUAAAAGCAGAGCUAUGGAUGAAAGAAAAUGCAGAUUAUCUGAAGGAACAAAAAGAAAAGGAAGCAAGAAUAGCAAAAGAGAAAGAACUUGGGAUUUAUAAGGAACACAAGCCAAAGAAAUCUGCAAAGAAGCGGGAGCCAAUUCAAGCCAGCACAGCAGGAGAGGCAAUUGAAAAGAUGUUAGAACAGAAGAAAAUCUCAAGUAAAAUUAAUUAUAAUGUGCUAAGGGACCUGAACAGCAAAGGAAGUAACACACCAAAGAAAGAGGAUGACAGCACUGAUGACAGCACCAACACCAAGAAGCUGUCAAGAAGAAAAUCUAUUGCCAGUAGGAAUAUAGCCAACCCUGUAAACAGUGUGGGAAAAAGAUUAAGACCCUUGAUUUCAACACAGCUCACUAAAAAGGCUGCCACUGAAGAGGUGACUUUUCCAAAUGCACAAGCAGAAACCCCUGCCUUGGAAAAAGCAGCAGCUGUGCUAGUGGAGAGUGGCCCAGUAGCUUACAACCCUGAUGAAGAGGUGGAAGAGGAAGAAAUAGAAGAUGAUGAUGAUCACUGCAUGAGCGCCUUGCAGUUAAUGGGAGGAAACGAUUAUGGCUGUGAUGUGGAUGAUGAUGAUGGCUAUUAAUUCCAUUUACUUCCAAAGGACGUGGACUGUGUCUUGUUCCCAGCAAAUCUUCAGUCUUCAAACUGUAUGAAUUUAAUUAGGUUUCUUUAUAUGAAAGCAGCUUUCUAUGGUCAGCAAAUGCAAUCGAACAAUCCUUACUUUUGUAAAGUGAAUUUUAGGUUGGCAUUGACUCUGGUCAGUUUACAUUGACCCAUAACCCAGCAAUAAUGUUUGGGUUUGUACUUGAAUUUUUCUUUAUGUUGGUGGAUCAUAGUUGGAGGAUGAAGUUAAUGGGAAUAAUGUUUCCAGAGAACAAAACAAAAGAGACAAAAUAGACUGUGUAUAAAGCAUGUGUGGCUGAAAGCAACACAUCUCUUAUUUAUGUGACUGUGCUUUUAGGCAUGCUGUUGAAGGGGAGCAGAUUGAAGAAAAGAUAGAACAGGUGAAAAUGAGAAGUGUGCCUGUUGAUUAUUUCAGUACAGUGGCAUUAGUUGUUUCAUAAUGCUACAACUGAAAGAAGGAAAACAUUUCCAGCCUGUAUUGUGAAUAUGAUCCUGUUAUUGUAUACAAGCUUCCUUACCCAAGUCUAUCAGAAAAUAAUGACAAGUUGUAUAUUUGCAGUGCAGUAUUGGUUUCUUUGAAAUUAAGUAAAUACUUCUUUGUACUAAUCAAUUAAUAGAUUUCUGAAAAGAUAUGACAAUAGAAGUCAAUGUUGGCAGUGAAGAAUCAUUUUCCACUGUCCCGUGUGGUUUAUUUGGAAGGAGGGAAAAGACCUGCGUGAGGCAAGAAGUGUAGAGAGCAAGCAGACGACAACGCUAUGCUCAUGUGCCUUUGCUGGGCAUCCCUAGGGGCAGCCAGGUCUUGUUGUGGCUGGUAUUGCUGCAGGAGAGUCACUCUGACCAUCACGUGCCUUUGCUGGGCAUCCCUAGGGACAGCCAGGUCUUGUUGUGGCUAGUAUUGCUGCAGGAGAGUCACUCUGACCAUCUCUAUGUAGCUGUUCUUGUCCAACUGAGUUAGAAUGAUGGUCUGCUCCCAGGAGCUGCCUGUCUCUAAAACUGGCUGAAAGAAAGAGAAAGCUGAUCUUUUUAAUAAAUAAGCUAGCAUCUGCUUCGGCUGAAUUUAAUUUAAUGUAAUUUAUUUAACUUUCUCUGGGUAAAUUAAAGGUCACCGUGCAGCAAUCUGACUUUCAUGGCUCAAAUCCACCCUUGAACAGCCGCUGCUACAUGAGUAAUGCUUGAGCUCCAGCCCUGUGCACCCCAAAAUGUCAACAGGCAGGUCAUUCUCUUCCAGAUCCAUCAGCUCUCCCAGUGCAGUGAGAACGGGGAUCAGCGAUGGGGCCCCUAUUGGCAGAUCUCACCCCGUUGUCUCUGACUUACCUUUCCCUGGCACUGCUGGGUCCGAGGCUCUUGGCUCAGUGGGAAAUGCACUGCACUCUGGAUCACACUCUUGAUGACUGCAGCUGCAGGACCCGAAAUGUUUUCAUCUCUUUCCCUUGUCUAGUGACAAUCAUGAAAACUUUAGCACUGCAGGCUGGUCUUACACGAGGGAAGGAUGGAUAUUUGUCUUAUAACGUGGUUUCUCUUAAGCUAUCUCUCCUGGUCAACUCAUCUUUCCUACCCUUUUUGAGGAGCAUUCAUCACUAAAGCACCAUCCAUCCUCCUGCUGCAGAGGGUGGAUCAUGGCAGGAAAAGAAGCUGCCUUAAGAAGCUCUGUAGCUACUACCAGCCAGAGUGAUGAUGCUGCUCAUACCUGUGGUCAUCAACAAAGAGGGGAAGGGCCAAAAGGCCUUCCAUACUUCUCUCCCUCUCAGUAGCAUGUGUAAGAGGGAUCAUGUAAGUAGAGCGAGUGCUUUUUUUAGGAGCAGACGUGGUGUUAUUUGGCUGGUAAACGUAGUUUUUUUUGGUAGGUUGUAUCUGCUAGGUAUCUUUGAGCCCUGUAUAGGAAUAUUUCCAGAAUGACUUCUUAAAAGCAGAAUUCAGUAACACAAAUGAAGCUAAUGGAAAGAAGAGCUUUUCUGAACCAAAUUCUAGUUACUUAGUUUGCAGCACUUCAGUGGAAAGAAGAGAUUCCAUAUAACUCUUAGAAAAAAAGCUGGUAUUUUCACCAAAAAUCUAUAGGUUUUUUUCUGAUAAUUUAUAAAUACUGCACAGAAAAUAAUAUUGAGGGGAUAAACCUUUCUACCUCUCUUUUAUCUACACCACAAAUUAAAAAUCAUGCUAUAAGCAGACAUUUUUUUAAAAGUAGUUCGUUUUAUCAAAGUUCAUGCUCUGCAAGUCUUUAAGACAGUUGAGUUUGAGCAUUUGGGUUUGAAUUAUUCUGCCAAUAGCACAAUGACAAAUACCCAUAGUCUCAGUAUAUUCUCAAAGCUGGGUUUUAUUCCAAGCUACACAUUAUCCUCUAUGCAGGAAAUAAACAUGCAUAAAUAAACAUGUGUAUGACUCAUGGAGGUCCAGUGCUUUUCUCAAAUGCAAGAUGUUGGCUCUUAAAGAAACCGCCAAGAUGAAUUCUUUAUUGCUGUGUAGAUUCUUUAUCUUUAUUCUUUAUCUUCUGUGUAGAUUUUCAUUGGUUUGUUCCCCCUAAAGGAUACUAACCCUGCUGCCGGCGUGGUCAUUUUAUGUGCAAGAGCUGAGAGUCCACUCAAAUAGCUGCUGCUAGUAAAUUUUCAUUUCAGUAGCACAUUGUGUUUCUGAGAACAUUGUUUCUUGCACUGGAAGUAGAGGAUUGCAGUUUUUGAAUGCUCUCUGAUUUGAUUAGGAACGGCUAUCGCUAUCGUAUGGUCUGCUAGAAGCCACUUGGAGAGCGGGAAAAAAGACCUACAGUUCCAUAGCAUCUCAGUUUUGCUGGUGAAGUUAAUGGCAUGGUUUCUGUACAGGAGUCCUAAAGGAAAGACCAUGGUAAUCAGAUAGGCAGACUUCACUCCGAGCACUGCAAAGCUUCUUAAGUGAUAGUGGUUAUGUACAUUUUUAAUUUAUUGGUGACUUACCAGGAUUUUUAUAAUGUUCAUUCCUUCUUGAUUUAACUAAGCUCAGGAAAUGUAAACAGAUUAGAACAUGUUAGUUUCUGUUUUUAUAGCUAGUCAUUAAAAUGUAAAAAGAUUAACACUGCAUUAACUCUGUUUACUACUGUUGAGGUAUCUGGACAAUUUUGUUGUAUAUAAGUAAGCCUAAAUUCACUUGGAGUAAUUUGGACCCUGCUUUUCUCAGGAUUCUGAUUAUAAUGAAGAGAGCUUAUAAGGCUUCAACAUCUGUCGUUCCUAGAUCUUCAUAUUUGAACUCACACAAGCUGUAUAUCAUUGGGUUUGUUGCAUAAAGCAUGUCUCUUGCUGCAAGUCACUUUGUUUUUGACAGGCAAAACCCUCCAGCAGUUGCAUCCAGCUUGUCUGCCAUGCAGCCUUUUCACACUAUUGCAUGGUGGGAGUCAAAAAAAAAAGAGAGAAAAAAAUAAGGAAAAUAAUGGGGUUCUUCACUGUGAUGAGUGCGUUUUCAGUGUCUUAAUCAUCUAUGACAUUUCCUUAAAAUCACUGUGUUCGGUACAGCGACUUUUAAAUGGUGCCAGACAGCCUUGUCUUGAGGGUUAAACAUGUUUGUUGAAAAAAGUUCUUGCCAUCCUGAUGGCUUGUUUGUAUUCUUUGGAUUGCAUUGAAACUCCAGCCGCAGAUGUGUACAGUUAAUGUAGAGUUUGCCUAAUAAAUGUUCUGUUUCUUAAUUUUAUGUUGAAUUCUUGCAUUUGGUUCGGUUAGUGCCAAGGAAAUUAAACCUGUUUGAUGUAAGCAUAUGUAUUGUCCUUACUCAACCACAAUGUGAGCCAUGUUAAGCUUUUUUACUGUAAUAUGUUUGCUGUAAAUAAAAAAUAAAACCCUUGCAGAACCCAUCUUUUA